AUGGGGUUAUCCGAUUGCAGUGAACAAGAAAAGCAAGACUUAAGCGAAUGGUUCGCGAACGUCGAGGGCUUCUUCGCCAACGAGACCUGCCGUUCCCACACCAGGCACAGCCCCCAAUGCCUAAACAUUAUGAUGUCCAAACUGGACAUACCGGAGCUACCCACCCCUUCCCUACCUACCCCCUUAGCCAUUGACUGUUUGGGUAAUAUUAAACGGGAUGUCCGGUUAGAGUGCGCUAAUGUGUCGGAGUACAAGUGGAAUGUGACAGUCUGGGAUGACCUGGAUUGUUUACGGGAAAUCGCCUGGGUCAGGUGUAUGCCCAUUGAGUUGGCUGUUACCGAGGAGUAUUUUAGAAAGAACCAGUUAAUUAAUUGGACCGAGCGAGCUGGGUGUGACCUAGCACCAUAUCACAGUGAUGUAUGCAUAUUGCCUGAUGAUAAUAAAGAUAAUAACUUGACUAUCGAUAUGACAAUUGAACUUGUUACUUCUAAUACCAAUGAAUCACCAGAGAUCGUACAUGUUCCCGAAGAUACCGACAUUGUAAUUGAACUAGUUCAAACAAACAGCGAUGAACCACCUAAGAGCCACCUAGAUGUCCCAGACAACUUUACUUCAAUCAACCUUGAUAACAAUAACACUAACAUUAAUAUGACCAAGGAACCUACCGAUACUGUAAUAUCCGAGUUUACCCCCUCUAUCGACCCGCCUAGAGCCCCACGACCCGACCCCCUAACCAUUGACUGUUUAGGUAGUAUUAAACGGGACGUUAGGUUAGAGUGCAAUGAAGUGUCCAAGCUCAGGUGGAAUAUAAGUACCCACACACACCCACCCCUAGAAAAUGUUUACCAUGCUAAAUUAAGAAUAUCGGGGUCUGAUAAUCUAUGGAAAGGUGGUCUGGUCAUAAUCCAGUGA